AUGCUUCUCGCUGUGCUCGGCAGCUCCGGCCACAGCAGGAGGAGGAGGAUCCCAGCACCACAUGUCCUGAGGACAGCCAAGACUAUGCCAUGUGUGGGCAGCGGCUGCAGCCCAGGCCAUGAGAGGGUCCUGCAAUGCUUUGGUGCUCCACAUCCUGCUCUGCUACCUGUGCCAAGGUGCUGCAAACAUCAAGUGCUCAGGGCGAGUCUGGGUGGACCCCGCGCCAGUAGUGCAGAUGGGCUCCAACAUCUCCAUCAACUGUCUCUCCACCCUCGGCUGCCCCUCAGCCAAGUUCAUCAUCCUCCUCAACUACAACCACACUGAGGGUCCCCUGCACCCCCUGAGCAGCAGCUCCGUCCAGCUCCGGCUGCGGGAUUUCCAGCUGCCCUUUGGGACCAUCGUCUGCUUCUCCCGCUGCCCCAACAGCGCUUGGGACCAGCUGGUGUGCGGCACUGAGGUCCGGGCCGGCUACCCUCCAGACCCUCCCAGCAACCUGAGCUGUGCCAUUGCCGAGGGCUCGGAGCACCUGGAGUGCAGGUGGGAUGCGGGGAGGCCACCCCACCUGCUCACCCACCACACCCUCCACCUGCGCAGGGUGGUGGCAGAAGAUGAGGAGGGUGCUGAGGAGGAGGAAGAAGAAGAGGAGAAGGUGUUCCCUGCUGACUCACCAGUGCCCCUGAGUGUGUUGUGCAACAGGAGCCACUACUCGGUGUGGGUGCAGGCCAGGAAUGCACUGGGCGCUGCCCACUCGGCCCCUCAGCUUCUCAACCUGCAGGACGUUGUAAUCCCCGCUCUGCCCCUGGUCACUGGUGCUGAGACAACAGAGACAUCCCCUCCCACCACCACGAUCCACUGGCGCAGUCAGACACAGCUGGAGAACGUGCACUGUGAAGAGCGACACCAAGCCAAGGGCACCCCAGCAUGGCAUGUGGAGGUGUGGGACAGUGCAGCACAGGAUGAGCCCCGCUGGCAGCACAACCUGCAGAGUGACACCCAGUACCUGUUCCAGGUCAGGUGCAGGCUCAGCUCCCCCGACAGCCCCUGGAGUGCCUGGAGCCCCCCCUUUCUCUACACCACCCCCGAGGCAGCCCCCGCCGCGGCUCCCGAUGUCUGGCGGCGCCUGGGCCCGGCCUUCCCCAACGGCAGCCACGAGGUGACGGUCUUGAUCAAGCCGCUGCCUCCCCGGGAUGCCCGCGGGAGGAUCCUGGGCUAUGCCGUGGCUGCCGAGACCCCCGGGGGAAUGCUGGUCCUCUGCAACACCUCCAGCACGGAGUGCAGUAUCCUGGUACAACCGGGAGCCCACACUCUCCUCGUCACUGCUCACAACUCCAAGGGGUCUUCCAGCCCCGCCAUCAUCACCCUUGGCCAGGGUGCCAGCAGCCAGGAAGAAUUUCCAGCACCAGUGGCUGUGGAGGUCAAGCCCGAGAACCAGAGCAGGGUCUUGGUUCACUGGCAGCCCCCCCAGCAUAGCAAGAGCCCCCCAGUUUGGUUCAUAGUGGAGUGGGUUUCCACCUCCCAGUAUCGCCAGGAGGAGCACUAUUUUUGGAAGAAAGUCCCAUCCCAGGAAACACACACAUACAUCCAAGAAGAGGCAGCAGCAGGGUUUCACCUCAACGUGUCGGUGUACGCGGUCUACCCUGGUGGAGUCAGCAAACCCAGCUCUGGCAAAGUCCCUCCAGAGGAGCCACUCCUGGACAGCACAUACAAUGAGAAUCCCCACGAUGAUGACCUCAGAGUUCUCCUGGGACUGAGCAUCGGCAUGGUCAUAUUAUCAGUUGGUUUUGCAAUUCUGAUGUUUAAAAAAUCAGUCAGAAAAAGGAUUAAAGUCACCAUUGUGCAGCUUUUGCCAAAAUGGCUGUUUGAAGAGUUUCCCCAUGUGGAAAAUAGCAACGUGGUAAAGUCCCUCCAGAACAAGAGUGAUUUAAUGAGUGACAGUUUCCAGGAUCCGCUCCUGGACACCAGUGACCCCACAGUUACAGAGGUCGAGGAGGUGCCGGCGCACGAGGAGCACGAGAGUGUGGCCACCCCAAGGAAACCCAGCAUAGAGGUCCCUGAGGAUGGGGAGCACCCAGGGGCCGUGGCUCCUGCCAGCACCACAAUCCUGGAGCACAUCAGUGACUACAAACCCCAGAUAUCCAACGGGAACACACUGGGAUAUGUCGCAGCCAACAUUUACCAGAUGCAGCCCCCCACAGUCCUCUCGGAACCGGAGAUGAGCAUCUUUGGAGACUACACGAGCCCUGUUCCCCACCUGUGGGAUGGGGAGGGAGGGGCACCCCAAGUCUGUCUGCUGGACAAGAUCAACCUCAUCCUAAACACCAGCCAGAGUGGGCAAAGCCAGGUGUUUGUCCCAGCCAUGGGGGGACACAUGUCCCUCCCGGAGAACCAGUGGGGACAGAGGCCGCCCAGCCAUGACCAAGAGCAAAUGCUGGUCCCCAAGGAGCUGCUUUCAUGCCUCAGGUCCAUGAACAGGGAGUCAGUGGAUGUAAAACCCUACUUUCCACAAAGCACUGGAGGGUUAUUUUGAAAGGAAUUGUAAUUGUGGUUAAAACCCCAUAAGUGGUGACCAAGGCAGGUAUCAGAUAUUUGAAAUCACCACCAGCAGAGCUGGAGCAAAAUUCCCAGUCAGAAAUUUGCCCUCUUGCUCACUACAAGUUCUUGUGGUUGCCUGGAAAACUUGGGCCAGUAACUCACAAUUUUAGACUUACCUCAUAUUGGUACAAGCAAAAAAACUGUAAAACCUGGAUUCCUGUAGGAACUGAAAUGCCAAGCAGGCGAUUCUUGCAAGAUGCAGUGUGUUUUAGUUAUUAUUUGACAUCAUUAUCUCGUUAAAUAUUUGGAGCAUUUUGUCCUUGGAGAUGAUUGUGGGUAUAAUUGAUAAAAAAAAUCCCUCAGACAUCUUGCCAGAGAUGUGUAAAAUAUUUGGGAUUACUCCUGAUGAAGAGACACCGCACCAAGGAGGAUUUAUGUGUCAUACAUGGGUGCCAAGAACUCUUUUCUGUGUGACAGAAUAACCCAAUUUCAUUUUCCUCCCAUUCCGUAAUGAAAACCCAAUCAGGUAAGAACAAGCCUUCAUUGCCUGCCAGGCUGAUUUAAAAUCCCUCUGAAUUGGUCCCUGGCCUAAUCCUUCACUUUGGGUGAGGGAUUUAUCACCUCACAGCACUUCCGUCAGUGCCUCAGCUUGCUGUGUGAAACACGGUGUGGCACAGCAAAAUGGGAUUUUGUUAGGCAUGUGACUGGGAAUUUGCAUCUUCUGACAUCCAGAAGGUGAAAUGCAGGAGUCUCCUUCCUGCUGAGCAGUCAUGAAACCAUUUACAGGUUUUCCUGGGACUUCCAAAAUGUUCCCAAAGCAUAUUUCUUUCAAUUAUUCCUAAGCACUGUAUGCAUUUCUCUAUCAGCUGUUGCACAAAUGGAUUGAUUUUGCUGUUUAUCCUGGAUACUUCCAAACCAACAUCAUUGUGGGCUGUGCUUGUCUCCUUCUAACACCCCAAGAGAUCUGUUACUGAUAUUUCUGGAGUAGUAGAUACCUGGCUAAGUGGGGUAUGAUUAUUCUUCAGAAGCAGCAAACUGUUUCCAAGGCAGAAAUGUGACUGUUUCGUGUAGGUGAGUCUAAAAUUAGUGAUUGCUGCCUGAGCAGGAAGGAAAUUGUAGAAGAACAGCCACAUACCAUCAGUGUGAGAUGGGGAAGGUAUUUUUUUCAAUGUCCACAUCCUGAAACUUGUGCUGAACUCUCUCACCUGAACUACUGAAGCUCACAGGGGAAAAUGCUGCUCGUGUCAGGAAAUAAGGCUGAAAGCUUGGUCUUACCUUUCAGGCUCUUGCUGAUUGAAUUUCCAGCCCUAAUAACUCACUCCAGGAUGGAUCCCUGCAAAUAUAUCCACGGCCUGGGGAGCACAGGGAUGAAACAUUGCCCAGAUCAUGCCGUGGGUAUUUGCCUCAGCAGUGCCAGUGUUCCCACUGAUUUCUUGGGUGCUGAAGGAAAUAUUUCUCCUUUACAUGGGUGUGGGGGUGCAUCUGGUAAAUUUGGGCUAGUUAUGGGAGGAAAUGGAAAGAGAAGGGUACAAUAUAUUUACAUAGUGCUUCACCAGAUAUAUAUCGAUAUGGUGAGGCCCUGGCACAGGAUGCCCAGAGAAGCUGUGGCUGCCCCAUCCCUGGAAGUGUCCAAGGACAAGCUGGACAGGGCUUGGAGCAACCUGGGAUAGUGGAAGGUGUCCCUACCUAUGGCAGGGGUGGAACUGGAUGAUCUUCAAGGUCCUUUCCAACCCAAACCGGUCUGGGAUUCUGUGAUUCAAAACACUGGGCCAGGUUGUUCCAAGCCCCAUGCAACCUGGCUUUGGGCACUUCCAGGGAUGGGGCAUCCCAUGAACCAAAUCAUGAUGUCACUCACAGUAGAUUUAUUUUAACAUCCCUCCCUUCCUCCCUCAAAUAUUACAUACUCCCUAAUCCUUGAUUUCAGUAUUUUCUAACAUUUCAUUUUACUGUUGGCAGUUGGAUCUUGUGCCAGUGAUUUCCACCGGUCAUUUAUCAGCUCAGGAAUGAAUUUCAUGUGUUGUUCAGUGCCAUCACAACCUGGGGUUAUGUACCUUGGGGGCACUUAAAGGAAGGGUACACUGAGUAAUGUCUCUGCCCACAGAGAGGGAGCACCAAAAACACUGAUCACUCGUGUAACUCACUGAUUGAAAACUCAUCUGCCCAUGAUCCCCUGCGAGUGACAUCUGUGUGUCAAUAUUUAAUGAUGAGACAUCCUUUGUUCUGCAUGAGUAACAUGGAGCAGUGUACUUACACUUUACUUACACCUACGUGUGGUGUAAUAACUACCAGAGCAGAAUAGCUCACGACUCACGGAGAUGCACCACGACACCGUAUCCCAUCGCUACCCAGAGUUCUGACACAACCUCCCUAAAAGAGAUAUUUUUAUACAAAUGGAAAUAGAGAACAGAUGACAAAGAAAUGAGAAAUUGAGUGUUCAAAGCGUCAGUGGGAUUGGAGAACAGCAGAGCUGCUCUUACCUUCAUCCCUCCAUGGAGCAGGGUGUAUCUACUGGGUGUAUCAAGUGUGGCCUUGAGGCUAGUGAAGUUACCAGCACCACUCCCUGUGGGACUUAUUUACCACCCUUCUUCAAAGAGUAGAGUUGGAGAUUAAUUAAACCAAAUGUAGAAU